UCCCGGUGCGGGAAGAGAGAGCGGGAGCGCAGAGCAGGAGCGCAGAGCGCGGACCCCUGGAGGGGACGGGGCGCAGGGACUCGGGACUCCCCUGUGGCCUCUCGUCUACAGACUUCUGCGCUGGGCAGAGGCAGCCUCGGCUCGGCUGGAGCGGGCCUCCCGGACUGUGCACCGGACAGAUUGGACGCCUUCGGGAGGGACAAGGUUUCUUCCAGGUAUGGAUAAAUUGGGGACCGUCAUCUCCUUAGGCCUGAGUGUGUACCAACAAUGUGAAAUGAUGCAACACUGCGAGGGGCAGUGCAAGCGUCUAAGGAGCCGCAUCCACGGCCUGCUGCGGCCUCUGAAAGAGCUCCAGGCCCAGGGAGAGGGGAGCCUGCCCCCUGGGGUCAUCACUGCCCUGGACAAUUUCCAGGCUGCCCUAGAGGAAGCUAAGAAGAAGAUAGAUAAGUUCAGUGAUAAGUCCAGUCUCCGUAAGUUUCUAACAUCAGGGAAGAACAAAGAACUCUUUAAAGAUGUGAACAGUCGGCUGAACGAUGUCUACCAGGAGCUCUCACUGACGCUUCAGGUGUAUCAGAGGGUGUCUAUUUCAACCAUCAGCAAAGAAGCCUGGGAACAAGAAGAUCAGCAGGAUGCAGAGGAAGACUGGCGAGCCUUCCAAACUGAAAGUGAAAUUAUCGAAGCUUCAGUGGAGCAAAUGAAAAAUGAAGUGGAAAAAAUCAUGAGGCACCACUUCGAGAAGUCAAAGAAGGCGUUCCUAACAUAUAAAGUCAAGGAGAUUAAGAAGGAGGAGCUUUCAGAAACUGAUUGGAUCUCGAUAAAGAAAAAUAAAUUCAGCGAGGUUUUUAAAGGAAAAUAUUACCAAUCUCCAGUGGCCAUAAAAGUAUUCAACAACGUCCAGACCAGAAACCCUGGAACAGUGAGGCAUGUUUUCAAUAAUGAGGUCAAAACCAUGAAGAAAUUUGAUUCUCCUAACAUCCUGCGUAUAUUUGGGAUUUGCAUUGAUGAAACUGUGACCCCACAUCAGUUCUCCAUCGUCAUGGAGUACUGUGAGCUCGGGACCCUGAGGGAACUGCUGGAUCAGAAAAAGGACCUCACGUUGGCUGAGCGCAUCGUCCUGGCCAUGGGGGCAGCCAGUGGCUUAUGCAGGCUGCACCAUUCUGAAACCCCUGAACUCCACGGAAACAUCAGCAGCAGGAGCUUCCUAGUAACUAACGGCUACGAAGUGAAGCUUUCAGGAUUUGGGUUGAGCAAAACACAGACUUCCAUUUGCAGAACAACUAAGAGAAAAAAAGAAGAGAGAGUCAAUUCCACAGCAUAUAUCUCACCUCAAAUUCUGGAAAAUGUGUACAUUGAAUAUGACAUAAAAGCUGAAAUAUACAGCUUUGGAAUUGUCCUCUGGGAAAUCGUCACUGGGAAGAUCCCGUUUGAAGGCCAUGAUUCUAGGAAGAUCCGCCAGCUGGUGGCUAAGGACAAGCACCAGGAGCCACUGGGUGAAGAUUGCCCUUCACAGUUGCAGGAGAUCAUUGAUAGUUGCCGGGCUUAUGAGCCCUCCAUGCGGCUCUCUGUUAAGGAAAUCUCAGAGAAACUGUCUAUCUUUCGCAAAGCUGUGGAUUGAAACUGAAACUAAGGAGUCCCUGGAUAAGAAACUGGAAGAGGCGAAAGCUGGGCAUCUUUCUCUCUCCUAUCCUCGGCAUGAAGUUAUUUAUGGGUUCAGGGAAGCAGCACUUCUCUGUUACAAAGAGAAAACAGUCCAGUCAUGCAGAGCACAUCCCCCUCCAAACGAUACUGUCAAAAAUAUGCCUCUGAUAGUAACUGUGAUAGAUGUUUCACAAAAUGUCUCUCUCUCUCUAUGGACACCUCUUAGCACGGUGACUUUGCAGCUCCUCCCAUGGCAAAGUGGAAGCUACACAUGAAACUAAUAUAUUAUUGUAUGUCCAUUAUAUUUAAAUUGAAAAGAAAUACUCUCUCUUACAAACUGAUACAAUGAUAUAUCUGGGGUUUAAUUUUAAAUAAUCCAGGGGGGAGGGGAAAUAAUUAUAGAUAAAGAAAAAAAGUAAAAUAAGAUUAGCUAUGAGUUGCUAACUGUUGAAUCUGGAUGAUGGGCACAUAGUGGUUCAUGUACUCUUCUCUUCUGAAUAUGCUUAAAACUUUCCACAUAAAAUGACUUUUUUGAAAGGGAAAAAAAAAAUAAAGCCUACUUUUCCACUAACUUGAAUCUAGGCUGGUAUUGUGACUGGCUUUGGCCAAUAAAAUGUAGAAGUGAUAGUGUGCCCAUUCCAAGCCUAGGCCUCAAGAGGCCUUAUACAUUUCCACUCCCUCUCUUGGAACCCUACCCAGACAUGAACUGGGCUACUGUGCUGGAGAAUGAGAGACACAUGGAGCAGGGACAACCGAACCCAGCUGGUCCAGUCACAUGAGUGAGUCCAGUCAGCACCAGAAGAACCACACAGCUGAACCAGACGAAACUGUCCAUUCAGACCUAGCCAGUUUGGCUCAGUGGAUAGAGCAUCAGCCUGCAGACUGAAGGGUCCUGGGUUCAAUUCCGGUCGAGGGCACAUUCCCGGGUUGCAGGUCCCGGUAGGGGGUGUGCAGGAGGCAGCCAAUCUGAUUCUCAUCACUGAUGUUUCCCUCCCUUCCUCUCUGAAAUCAAUAAAAAAUAUUUUGUUUUUAAAAACUGCCCAUUCACAAAAUUAUGAUCUAAAUAAAUUACUGUUGUUUUAAGCCA